AUGCAAAAAGAAAAGAAGAAUACAACAUCUUGUAGGAAGUUAAAACGCUGAGAGAUAGCUAUACAUAAUAAAGAAGCGAGAAUAAGAAGUUUAUGAAUCUCUGAAAUGUACAAGAAGCAUGAUCCUCCAAGCCCUAACUUUCACACUAUAUUUUCUACAUCCUAUGAUAAUCAUACCAUUUGUCAGAUAAUAUCUUUCUUAAAAGAAUCGUUAUUGUUUAAUAUUUCUCAAGAAGAAAAGGAUCACGAAUGAGAACUCAUUAUUUUGUCGUAUAAAUUAAGGUUUAAAUAUUUUAAAAAGAUGCUCGAUUACACAACGACCAACAGAAGGACUAUCAUAUUAAUUCCUGAUAGCACCUCUUUGCCAUUCAGGUCAUACUUCUUUAUGAAAAGAUUGGGCAUUAAAGCUCAUUCCUUCAAAUGAAUUGUUAUUCACUUCAUAGCCAUCACUUCGAAAGAACUUGUUAACAUCAUAAGAGAAGGAGUCAAUCUUGAGUAUCUUGACUUAAGAAAAUGCAUUAUUGAAGGUCCUAAGCUUACAUUUAAAGCAAAUGGGACUUCUCGUUUGAAAUAAAAUCAACAUAAGUUGGUCUAAAACUUGACCCGUACAAGAAUUUGUUAAUUUCUGAGAAAGUGACAUAAAAUUAUGAACUGCAAAGGCUAAAUCUAGAUGUAAAUUAAUUAAAAAUUCAUACAAUUCUUGUUAUUUCAAACUUGAGUUCUAAAAUAAUUGAGUCCAUUUCUAGGUUAUUCUAAAAUAAAGUUGUUAAUUACUAAAAAUAUCAAAAGUUUUCCUGAAGAAAUAAGAACUAAUAGUUCUUUUUUGAUCUUUCAAGAUCAAACUGGAAAACCUUAAGUAAAAGUAGCGAUUUAGUAUCACAAUCUUGCUAAGAUAUAGCAAUAAUUCAGCUAUGAGUUUGAUUUCCAUAACUUUAGCAAGCAAAUUUGGGGUAAACUAAUAUAAUGGGUGUGAAUGAAAGUGUCCCUCUUUUUGCAUCCCAAAAGCAAAGCUCCUUAUUUUAAGCAUUUAUUGAUAACCAUCUAUUGAAUCAAGAAGUUUCUCGGAAUGAAAAGUAGGUUUUAAGGAGUCUAAUUCAAGCUAAAAAUGUAGGUAUAGAUUCAAUACAGUUUCAGAAUGAAUUAACAGAUUUUAUGUACUAAAGAGUGAGCAAGCUUCAUUCACAAGAAUAAUUUAGAAUAAGUUACCCUAUAAAUCUUAGCAUAAGCAUCACAAUACCUAUUUAAAGGAAUUAAAAGCCAGAAAUAGACUUGGCUGCUUCGAAUUAAAAUUUAGAAUAAAGAGAAUGACAUAAAUUUUAAAUUAAUUUGUAUUAAAAUUAGUCUUUGCAGUUCAAACUUUUAUGGCACUUUCUCAUAAAUUAAACAAUUCUUAUCUUUAGGAGUGAGAAUUAUUAUUGGAAAGAGUGUAGGAAAGAGCUCAGAAUACUUCGGAAAUAUUUUAAGCAACAUCGACCAGUGUCCCUGUGCAGAAACUUUGGAAAGAAUUGAAAUCUUGAACUCCAAAAUUCCAUGCCGUGUGGCUAAACUUUUGGAGCAAAGAUUCAAGCACUUGAAGGUUUAUUUCAUAA